AUGAGAUUUAUAAGUAAUGUAAAAAAGAAGAAAGAAGAUAGAAAAAAUUUUAAUUAUAAGAGGCUAUCAGCCGAAGAAAUUGGUCAUGCAAGAUUGGUAAUCAUCAAAGAUGCUCAAGAAGAUGUGAAAAGACACAAGAAAUUUAAACAUUGGGAAAAGAACCUGGAUUUAUUUGAAGACACAGAUUUUUUGCUGAGGUGCAGGGGUCGGUUAGGAAAUGCUCCUGUACCAUAUAACUCCAGGUAUCCUAUUCUGUUAGUACCAGACUCUUAUCUAACAAAAUUAAUCAUUCGACAUGUGCAUGAAUCUGUGAAGCAUUAUGGCACGAAAAUAACACUCACAGAACUUAGAAGAGAAUUUUGGAUUCCAUCUGGUAGAAAUGUUGUUAGAAAUUUUAUUCGUACAUGUCAAAAGUGCCGAAGGUACGAGAACAAACCAUAUCCGUACCCAGAUCCUCCAUCAUUACCGAAGAGUAGAUUACAAGAUAACAUGUCAUUUGAAGUAGUUGGCAUGACUAUGCUGGUCCUUUAUUUGUAA